GAGGGGCGGCGGGCCCGCGCGCGCGCACGCACGCACGCAGGCGGGGGCGGGGGCAGGCGCGCGCCCGCCUGUCGCGACAGUCGGGGCCGAGGCCCAGGGGGAGGUGGCCUGUCGCGGGUCGCCCGGCUCCCGGAGGCGAGGGGGGCGCGGGCGGAUGGCGGAAGGCGCCCAGCCGCAGCAGCCGCCUCAGCUCGGGCCCGGCGCCGCCGCCCGGGGGAUGAAGCGGGAGUCGGAGCUGGAGCUGCCGGUGCCCGGAGCGGGAGGAGACGGAGCCGAGCCCGGCCUGAGCAAGCGGCCGCGCACCGAGGAGGCGGCGGCCGACGGCGGCGGCGGGAUGCAGAACGAGCCUCUGACCCCAGGUUAUCAUGGAUUCCCAGCACGGGACAGCCAGGGUAACCAGGAGCCAACAACAACUCCUGACGCAAUGGUUCAGCCUUUUACUACCAUCCCGUUUCCACCACCUCCACAGAAUGGAAUUCCCACAGAAUAUGGAGUGCCACACACUCAGGACUAUGCCGGCCAGACCAGUGAGCAUAACCUGACGCUCUACGGAAGUACGCAGGCCCACGGGGAGCAGAGCAGCAGCUCACCCAGCGCGCAAAAUGGCUCUCUCACGCAGACAGAAGGGGGAGCACAGACAGACGGCCAGCAAUCACAGACACAAAGUAGUGAAAAUUCAGAGAGUAAAUCUACACCCAAACGACUCCAUGUCUCUAAUAUUCCUUUCCGCUUCCGGGACCCGGACCUCCGGCAGAUGUUUGGGCAGUUUGGCAAAAUCCUAGAUGUAGAAAUAAUCUUUAAUGAACGCGGCUCUAAGGGAUUCGGGUUCGUAACUUUCGAGAAUAGUGCUGAUGCAGACAGGGCCAGGGAGAAAUUACACGGCACCGUGGUAGAGGGCCGUAAAAUCGAGGUGAAUAAUGCUACAGCACGUGUCAUGACCAAUAAGAAGAUGGUCACACCAUAUGCAAAUGGUUGGAAAUUAAGCCCAGUAGUUGGAGCUGUGUAUGGCCCCGAGUUAUAUGCAGCAUCCAGCUUUCAAGCAGAUGUGUCCCUAGGCAAUGAUGCGGCGGUGCCCCUAUCAGGAAGAGGGGGUAUUAACACUUACAUUCCUCUAAUCAGUCUCCCUUUAGUUCCUGGCUUCCCGUACCCAGCUGCAGCCACCACGGCGGCCGCUUUCAGAGGAGCCCAUCUGAGGGGCAGAGGGCGGACGGUGUAUGGCGCGGUCCGAGCGGUACCUCCAGCAGCCAUUCCUGCCUACCCAGGGAAACGGAUUAAAAGAGUUUAAUUCAAAGAUGAACCAAGUCCAAUUGAAUCAAGGCAGAAAGGGAGAAGUAGGAAGAAUUAAACUACAGUUGGCUUCUGAAUGAUGGUAAAAUGACUAAUGUAGCUGAGCAUCCUUCACCCUUUGAUUUUUGUAUGGAGGGUGUCUCAUGCAGUGGAAUGAUUCCGUAGCAACAAAUAAAUCCUUUGUUGUUGAAUAAGGGGAAAGGAGUGAAGAUGGCAGGUUUUGUUUUCAGUUGUUUCUCACUGUCAGCCUAAAAAUGUAUAUUUUUAUAAGGAGUGGACUUUUAGUUGUAUCAAGGACUUUCUUCCUUCAAAGAUGUGGCAUUUGUGUUCUUCAUCUUUUCUCGGCCUGUGACAGGUUUUUCCCAUAUCCUUACUGAGGAAUAAACAUGGUGGCGGCGGGGCCUGGUCACUGCUGCUUAGUUCCAAUAUAAGAGGAAAGAGCCUGCUUUGUAGGCCCUUUUCUGACAGCAAAAUUGGGUUCGAGGUGUGCUAAGUUAGCAUGCAUUGAUAGACCAAACAGGCAGGCCGUUAGGGGGCCUCCGUUGCACAGAAUUAAAGCAUUUUUAUUAGACAAGUGUGCACAUUGAUACAGGCAGGCUCCAAAAGCUGCUGGAAGGGAACUGCUUUAGAAAUUAAACCUUUGUUUGCAGUUUGUAGGUGUUUAAAUCCCAUGCAUUCCAUCAUCUCCAUCUUCUGCCAUACUUACUUUUAAUUUUAUCCUUUUUUCUCUCAACUUGACCUUUGACCUUCAACCUCUGACAUCUCUCUUCAAAGAUGUGACUAAAGAUGCAUAUUGUUUCCUCAAGAAAUAGUCAAGGAAAACAUACAAACGAACCUUUUGGAAGUUGUGCACACUAGGAAAAUUGUUCCUGAAGCAUCUUCCAUUUCAGUCCAGGAGAGUUUACUAUCAUGUUUGCAAAGAGAUACUGCUCACCAGAGACAUGGGACUUCAUUCUGUAAUAUUGCUAAGUUUCUUUAGGCAGUGGUUGAAUCUGUUCCUGUGCAGAGUAGGUCAUUUCAGCAUGUGGCCGAAGCUGAGAGCCCGUUCUCUACCAAGUCUGUCAGGUGUAGAUUUGCUCGAGGACACUAUCUUCAUGUCUAAUCACAUCAAUGUCUGUGCAUUACAUUGAACACUGAUUUCCCAUGUUUUCUUUUUUAUUAACUAAACCACUUGUUUACAUGGAAGAUGGCAAGGAAUAAGUCCAGUAUUUUAUGGGGAAUGGCCUAAAGUUGCUUUUCAGCUUAGUGAACUAAUUUCAUCAUUAAUCAUUGUGUUCCAGCCUCAUGAUGGCAUUUGAUACAGGGAAUAUUGGAAUUCCUCUAGAAUUUAGGUGAAUAUUCCCAAUGAGUGAUGCAACUCAGCAUAAAAUUUAUUCGUGCUUUUAAUGCCACCACUCUUCUUUGCAGAAGACGUGUUUUUCCAUCUUUGCCUAUACCCCCUUACUGAAUUGUUGAAAGUUAAUGAAUCAGCACUUGGCAUCAGUGCUUCGCGUUUUAUCAGCCUUCUCAUUAUGAACAAGUCUCCUUUUUCUACUAAAAUGCAGUUGAGAGGCAGAUUACUUUCUAAUAUCAGACUUUAACUGCAAUUGGAGAUAAUAAAAGUGGGUAGAACUUAGCUAAAUGAAAAUCACAGAUGAAUUUAAUUGCCUGUUGUGUAAUAAAAGGCAUAUGAUAUUUGAGGGAUUGCAAAGUGUGACCAUACUGUCUUGUAAACACACCAAAGUGUCAUUGGAAGUAGAAUUCAGAAACUUUCCAGCAACUGAUAAGAAAUAAGUUAUUUCAUAUCCAAGUUAAAAAUAUGAUUUGAUGACCUCACUUGCUAGCUUGUUUAUUGUAACAGAGAAGGUAGUGGUGAAAAUAUCCAGUUUGUUUAGCUGAAUAAAUAAACAGAUCUUGUAAUUGAAAAUAGCCAAAUUUUGGUUUAACAAGUACGAAGAAGAAAGUCUUAUCUUUUAUCUCUACUGCUGUUCCAUGUCUUUUGGUCCCAAAUUAUAUGCACAAAAUACCUCCAAAGGUUUGGAAUCUAUAUUUUUAAUUAUAAUAGUUUAGUGUUGCUCAGGAUUAAAAAAAAAAAAGUCAUGUAUUUUGUUUGAUACAAAUUUGUUUUCUAAACAGGAAAAUAAACCCUUCUGUUCUUAAUCAGCUACCUUCUCAGUUUUAUUCUUUCAACUAAAACAGGUCAUACCUAGAACUUCAGUUAUCAAUUGUAUUUUUCAGAAUUCCAUGAGUAUUCUUAUGGUCAAAAAAAAACCCUUAGAAUCUUCCAGUUACUCCUUCCCGCUCUGGAUUACAUUGUUACUAUCUGGGAUCCCCACUGCACCUUUCAAUUCUUGGACCUUGGACCAAUCACCUUAACCUUUAGCUCAUUAUCUCUGCUUGUGAAAGCAAUGCAUUGUGGGUAUUUUUGGUUGUGUUUUUUUUUUAAUUACAUUUCUCUGUUUACUUUGGUCAGAAUUGAUUGACUUGUUUUUCUGAGGUGUUGCAUUGGUUCUUAAAAUGCUGAAUAAUAAUACUUUGCAUGCUUGUGUGAUCAGCCAAAUCUUAUCGCAUGUCUAAUGUGCAGGGUAAAAAGCAGGUGAUGUAUGGAUAUCAGAAAAAAUUUACAUUACUAUGAAACUGAAAACAAAAUACUAAACAUAAUUUUGAAGCAUACUUUGCGUACAGGUCCCGCCCUAAUGGAAUUCUUUGGGUUCAUUGUUUUCAUGUUAAACCCCUCGCUACAUGCCCUCCCCACCACACACACACACACACACACACACACACACACACAUACCUUUUGAAAAUCUUUAAAGAAGAACUUCCUCCUAGGGUGAGCUUUAAAACAAAAAUACUUCAGGUAUGAAAAGUUGAUGUUUCCAGUCCAGCAGAUUUUUCGAUAGCUGUGUCAGGCCCUCUGGGAAUGCUCUUUGUUGUUUUAAUCUGACUUGAAUUACCAGAUCUCUAGGUCGUUGCCUCCAGUCUGGCAUUCCUUUCCCUCCUGGCACGUCCUGGAGCUGUGUGACGGGCGUGUGCACCUUCACGGUCUCUCACUGACUCGCAGUGGCCCCCAGCCCAGGUUACGCAUUCAUACAUCACCUGCCUGUGUAGAGCGCAUGUGCAUGCUGCCGUCCUCAAUAACCGGAAUGUGUUU